UUUUUCUUCAGAGAGCUGGUUGUUAAACAUAAACCAACAAAACACUGGAAUGAGGGGCAAACUACAGAUUACCAGGGACGGGACAACUGUCAAAGGAAUGACACCUGCCUGGGGCGGGAGAAGAGUUGCUGCAAAGGUUUGGAGGUUAAGUGUUGGAGGGGCAUGUUGGCUGGGUCAGAGUGGGCACUGUGCGGUGGGGCCGGCCUGCGCUGGUCGGAGAAGUUCAACUUUUAUUCCGACGUAACAGAGAGCCACAGGCAUCUCAGUCCCGCGCUGGCCUUAACUAUGCUAGUCUCCCAGAUAGAAGGUAAAUUAUGUGAGGGCAGACUGUGUCCCUUUGGUCCUCAAACCCAUCCAGCCCAGGACGCAAGCUCCGCCCCCUUUCCUUUAGGUCCUUAGCAGAUGGAGGGAGGGGUCAAGGCGGGAGCUGUCUGGUUGGGGGCGGGACCUGCAAGGCUCCGCUCCCACGAUAGAUAAUGAGUAGACAGGACCGCCGAGGAGUAUGCGCAUGCGCGGCCCGCCAUCCGGCCAGGCCCGGAGUCCGUACACUAAAGACGGUCGGAGCUCGGAACUCGGAGCACGUCCCCCCACCCCCCCGGAGACCUCUCUGCCCGGGUUCAUGGGACGGAGAAACUGACAGCAGACCACUCCACAAUUCAUCCUUCGUUCACUCCCCUAGCCCCGAAGUGCCGCCGCCGGCACGGAAGCACGCCGACCCCGCCCCCGGACAAAGCACGCGGCUUCGCGUGCACAUCACUUCCGUCCGACGGCCCGCCCCAUCCGGGCCAGACCGGCCACCGAUUGGCUGUCUUCUCCGGCACGCCCCCUCCGGGUGAUUGGCAGCAGCGAGCAGGCCGAGGCCGAGGCUGCCGCCGUCGUCGCUGCUCCCGCCUCAACCUCUCAGUUGCCGCCGCCGUUUCCUCCUCCGCCGCAUCCGCCUCUCCGGCCGAAGUUCGGCUCCGUGCGCGCGCCGCCCGGUUCCGGUUACGAAUGGACCUGUUCGGGGACCUGCCGGAGCCGGAGCCUUCGCCCCGCUCCACAGCCGGCAGAGAAGCACAGAAAAAAAGGCCUUUGCUUUUUGAUGAUCUCCCGCCAUCUAGCAGUGAGAAGUCAGGCCUUACCACUCUCUUACCUGGAAUCUGGGGACCUGAUCUGAAUUUCAGGAGCCUUGUUAGAGGGAAAGACCUACAGAAAGGAUCUUUGCUUUUUGAUGACCUCCCUCCAGCUAGCAGUGCUGACUCAGGGUCAGGGGCAUCUUUGCUUUUUGAUGACCUUCCACCUGCUAGCAGUGGUGACUCAGGUUCACCUACCUCUCGAGCAUCCCAGGGACUACUAAAGAGUGAUGGGAAAGCAGCAAAGCGGAAAACCGUGGAGGAAGAGAAGAAUGGGAACGAAGAGCUUGUGGAAAAGAAAGUUUGUAAAGAUUCCUCGGUGAUCUUCGGCCUUAAAGGUUACGUAGCAGAGAGGAAAGGGGAGAGAGAAGAGAUGCAGGAUGCCCACGUGAUCCUGAAUGACAUCACAGAGGAGUGUAAGCCCCUGUCUUCUCUCAUCUCUCGAGUUUCCUAUUUUGCGGUUUUUGAUGGGCAUGGAGGAGUCCGAGCCUCCAAGUUUGCUGCUCAAAAUUUGCAUCAGAACCUAAUCAGGAAAUUUCCUAAAGGGGAAGUAAUCAGUGUGGAGAAAACUGUGAAGAGAUGCCUCCUGGACACUUUCAAGCAUACUGAUGAGGAGUUCCUCAAGCAGGCCUCCAGCCAGAAGCCUGCUUGGAAGGAUGGUUCCACAGCAACAUGUGUCCUCGCCGUAGACAACGUCCUCUACAUCGCCAACCUGGGAGACAGCCGGGCAAUCUUGUGCCGCUAUAACGAAGACAGCCACAGACACGCAGCCUUAAGCCUCAGCAAAGAGCACAAUCCCACCCAGUAUGAAGAGCGGAUGCGGAUACAGAAGGCAGGAGGGAACGUGAGGGAUGGCAGAGUCCUGGGUGUGCUGGAGGUUUCCCGCUCCAUCGGGGAUGGGCAGUACAAGCGCUGCGGCGUGACCUCUGUGCCCGACAUCAAGCGCUGCCAACUUACUCAGAACGACAGGUUCAUCAUGCUGGCUUGUGAUGGCCUCUUCAAGGUCUUCACUCCUGAAGAAGCUGUGACCUUCAUCCUGUCUUGCCUAGAGAAGGAUGAGAAGAUCCAGACCCGGGAAGGGAAGUCCACCCUUGAUGCCAGAUAUGAAGCUGCCUGCAACCGUCUGGCCACCAAGGCUGUGCAGCGUGGUUCUGCGGACAACGUCACCGUCAUGGUCGUGCGAAUAGGGCAGUGAAGGAAGGCACCAGGCAGCAGCGAGGACAGCAUGGUAUUGAUUCAAGGGAAGCGUUGGGUUCAUGUGUGCGCAUUAUGUGUUUUGAGUAUUCCUCCAGGGCUCUGUGGUUGUAAAUAAAAAGUUGUUUGGUUUUUUUCUAA